AUGUCCCGCUCACCAGAGCAGACAGACGCACUACAACAACUGUGGGCCAUCACCGCGUCCGAAACGGACGCGGCGCGGACACGAGACGAGCACAUCCUCCGCGAGAACAACUGGGACAUCCAGCGCGCGAUUGACCAGAUCUUCGGCGGCGGCGGGAGGGCUAGCGCUCCUACCGACGCGGGCCCAUCGCGCAAGGAAGCAACAGAAGGCGCUGAAGUUGACAAUCUUGCGCCCAUCCCACCACGGCCUGGGGCGCGCCGCAUCUCCGGAAACUCGGGAGCGCGACGGCCGCGGCCAGGCCAAGCAGGUUUGGGCCUGUGGGACUCGUUCGCGUGGCCGUUCUCCUUCCUCGCCUCCCUAAUUACUAGCGCAUGGUACUUCUUCAUCCGCACCUUCGUUCCCCUCUCCCUCCUCCCGCAUUUACCGCGUUUCUUGCUUCCCCCCCCUGAACGCGCGCCUCCCAGCGGACCUCGCGACCCAACCACGAGCGCGCUCCGCUUCGUGCGCGAGCUCGAGGCGCUCACAGGUGCUUCACCAGUAACAGGCUCCCUGCCCGACUUCUACAUCGGCUCUUACCGCGACUUCCUCUCUGGCGUGCGACGCGAGGGCCGGGUCGGGUUAAUCACCCUAGUGUCAAGUGAACACGACGACGACCCCGAGUUCAAGCGCGACGUCCUCGCCGACCCCGACCUCACCAAGGCCCUCAAGGAGCAUGACAUCGCUAUUUGGGCCGCCGACACCUCUACCCGCGAGGGUUUCAUGGCAGCUGAAACCCUCCAAAUCACAACCUACCCCGCUCUUACUUUCGUGUCGUUACUUCCCACCUCGUCGGCGGGCGGUGCGGGGGGCACGCCGCGCUUAACAAUCUUGACGACGCUUCAGGGCCCUCCCUCGACGACCACAUCUACGUCGGCGAUCUUGCAGACUCUCACCACUGCUGUGUUACCGCGCACGUCCACCUUCCUCGCCAGGCUACGCCGCGAGCGCCUCGCCCUUGAGGAGACCCGCCACCUGCGGGAUGAGCAGGACCGUGCGCUGCGUGAGGCGGAGCGCAAGGACCGCGACAGAUUGCUCGCUGCACGCGCUCAGGCUGAGCUCGAGCGCGCGCAACGUGAGCGUGCCGCGCGCGAACAGGAGCUCAAGGAGAAGGCCUUGACCGACAGGAGAGAAUGGCGCCGCUACGCACGCAAGCACCUUCUCGCACCAUCUGCUGGCCCGACGCGCGUGGCUCUACGCACGCCACUGAACUCGGAUCGCAAUGUGCGGCAAUUCACGCCCGGCCCCUCUACACUCCCACUCUUCAUCUACGCCGAGACUCUUCUCAUCGCUCCAGAGGACGACCCCGAGAGCGACCCUGACACCCCGCCCGCGGGGUACGAGCACGCGUGGGGGUUCCGCCUCGUGACGUCGUUCCCGCGCCGCGAGAUUGAAUUAGUCGAGACUGGUGGUGAGGCGGUGUGGGACCAGAUCAAGGGCGCGGGCGGCGCGUUGUUUGCGGAGAAGAUUGCGGGGAGUGGUUGGUGUGACUCUGAGCGCGCCAGCUUGGCGGGUGACAGCAGUGAUGACGAGAUUUUGUCCGACUCUGACUAG